AUGAAUGGAUUUGAAUUGUUGACUGGAGUAUUUGGUGAGUCAGCCCAGUUUGAGUUGUGCAAAAUGCUGGUACCAGGUUUAAUAGCGUUUUUAACCUGUGGAAGUUUGUUUACCUUCUCGUCUUUAGAGUUUGAGGCCAAAUUAUCGAUUUUUUCAAGACAUAAAACCAUAAAAGGCAACCAAACAAAAGAAAAUGACUCAAUGGUUUUUGAAAAAUUACAGGAAAGGCACACAAUUGAAUUGAAAAACAAAUUUGAAGUAAGAAAUAAAUUAAAUGACAGAACUUCAAGAAAUCAAGAUAAAUAA